UUGAGAAUUAGUUUGGAAAACAUAUUCCCUUCAGAGGAAGAAAGGUUAGAAAAAAAAAUUAAAAAUAAAGAGCAAGAACUUGCAAUGGUGCCUAGUGUGCCUGAAUCCUUACAGCCAUUAAAAGAAGACAUGCAAGCAGUCAGUGAAGUAUCUUCAGAAAAAAGGAAUGAUAAGAAUUCCAGUAGAGAAAAUGUUGAUGCAUAUCAAGAUUUAGCCAGCAGUGACAAAGAAAAUAAUCCUCUUCCUGUAAAUUCUGAAAAUAUUCCAAAUCUGACAUCUGCUUCUACAGAUAGCGAAACUGAACCUCAUCUGGACUUCAAGAAACAGAAGCCCAAAAUUCGUAGAGUGUUGCUAAGUAAUGGCCGAAUUGUUUUCAAGUACAAGAUGAACAGUGAAAAGGAGAUUUGCUCCCAAGAUUUACCACCAGAGGGUGUGACGAACAUUCCAGAAAAUACAAGGAAUGAGAGACAGAGAACUGGGAGUAUCCUGGGCAACAUAUCUGGAAAUUUAUGGCAGAAGAGAAUGUGGCAUUCAAAGCAAGAGGAGAGUAUUAUAGCUGGUAUUGACCCCGUUAAGAAAAAACGAAAGAGCUUGUCAAGGAGACAUAAACAUGUGGGUCUUAAGGCCUCUGAUUCCAUGCAGCUCAAGUGGAGUAGCAUGAUAGCAAGAAACAGCACAGUGGAACUCUCAAGCAUUGUGGGAGACAACAGCACAUUAUCUGUGAUCCAUCCAAUGGGAAAAAUGAAUGACAGAGCUAGAAAGCAGGAGGGAGCAGGAUCUGGUGUGAGGCAAAAGUGGAAAAUGCUUCAGGCGCCAGAGCAUUCUGCACAGGAGGCCAUGAGAGGAAUGCAACAGAACCCUCUUAAAAAAUUUGCCAAACCACAGGCUUUCCCUCACGAUUCCAAGAAGGUUAACAGAAGAAAUGCCGAAGAGAGCCUCAUGGAGACAGAACAGUCGAAGCUCCUCCAGCUCUACAGUGUCAGGAAGCCAGUGACAACACUGACUGACCAGAGGGAUCAGAGUUUCAGUUCUAAUGAGGACACAACUCUCCUGACUGUGGAAAGUUCGUCAAGGGUGGUUGGGCCUUUCCACAGUUCCCUGACCACAGCCAUCAAGCUAAGGGAACAGUUAAGAGACACUUCAGAGCAGACAGUGCAGGUGAACAGACCCACUGCUGUGAGUGCAGCUGACAGGAACUUACAAAAUGAAUCUGCUGUACAGAGAACCACAAAAAGCUUCUGGGAACUAGAUGACAGUUAUGACUCUCUGCGGAGUCAGACAUUCAAAGCUCCGUCCUGCCCAAAGCCACAGGAGCCUAAGAGAGGGCACAAGCAGCUCACUUCUAUGGAACAGUCGAGUCAUGCCUACAGCAUCUUAGGGAACGUUAAGUGGCACAAGAGAAAGGAUGAGAAGAAGCUUGAUAGCAAAAAGCCUCGCUUAGUGUUGGCAAGCAGUUCUCUGCAGAUGAGCAAAAGCCAUAUGAAGUAAAGGAAUUAGGUUCUUCAUCUGCUGUCAUUUUUAAGAGGAAAAUUUUACAAGGGUGACAAUAAUACACUGUUCAGUUAACAUAUUUCUUUAUGUUGGUACAUGGAAUUUUUGCAUUUUAAAGGAGGUGAUGAUUAUUUUUUGAACUAUUGUAGCAAGCACCUAAUAAACAAAACAUGAUGAAAUUUGAAGGCUUUAAUAUAUGUUUUUUUGUAAAUAGCGAUGAGAAUUAAGGUAGCCGGGCCAUGUCUUUUUUUUCUUUUCCCAAGGGUAUUUUGAUACAGUGUAUAAUUAUUUAAAUAUUUACAAAAUUCAUGUUCCUUAAUAAUUUUAUCCAUUUGGAUGUAAAAAGAAAAAAUAAAUGAACUAGAAAAAAUGGUUUCAUAUUUUAUAAAUCAUGUUAAUUUUGUGGCAUUUACAAGAAAAAAAAAAAAUUAUGUUUUUCAUGAGGUUUAUUAGGAUUGAAUUUCAGUUUCUUUAGUCAGUGUAUGUCAAAAUAUAUAUAUAUUUUAUAACCAUGUUAUUUCAGUUACAGUCCUUUCUUUC